UUUAUUUAGUAGAACAAAGAAGAAACUUGUUGCUCGAUAUUUACAAAUUUUGGGUUCCAAGUUUUCCCCUCUCGCAAGCGACGAGGAAGCAGUCUCAAACACCAUGGAUGAUGCAUUCACCAUUCAAAUAAGUACCAACUUAGUCAAACAGCUAGCUGCCGACACCGACAAAGUGAAGAAGAAACGAAAACCGAAACCCAAGACACCAAAACCGCCCCAACAAAACCAUAUUCAACCCACCAACCAGAACAACUUCAACGACGACUCCCAAACGCUAAAACCUGUGCACCCUGCCGCUGGAUGGCCGCCAAUGUACCUCCCAAUUCCGCCACCUGCACCGCCUGCUAAUGCUGAGCUGGACGCCAUCCGGUCUGUCCUUCGGGAAAGCGAAAGGGUUUUGGAGAAAGUGGAAAAGAAAGAAGAUGAGAUGGUGGUCGAAGUGACGCAAAAGGCGAAAGAGCUUCAUGAUAAAGAGUUUAAACUUCCGGAGCCAAAACCUAUGCCGUGUUCGGAUGAUUUAAACGCUUGCUUGGAUUGCUACAGAGAAAACACUAAGGACCCGUUGAAAUGCAGUAAUUUGGUCAAGAACUUUGCUGAUUGUGUUCGCACUAUACGACAGCAAGUCAGCCCGUCAAAUAAAUAAAACGUUUUGAUACGAGAUUUUGCUAGUUUUAACUAGACAAUGUGGAAUAAUUCAACAUUGCUCUAGAGGAUGAGUUGAAUUACUGGAAUACAAUCUGUGAAUUGUAUGCAAGUUUUGUUGGGUCAUUAUUGUGAUAUACUGUUGACUUUUGUUGGUUUAUGUAUCCAUUUUUGGUGCUAUGUUCUCAAA